AUGUGUGGAAGCAGUACUGUGGUAGUGGUGGUGAUGUUGGCGGUGAUGGUGGUGGUGGCGGCCGAGCCUGGUUUCUUUAAGAAAAAGAAGUCUUGCUACCCCCAAGUCCACCUCGUCCCCCACGUCGUCAGGCACGUCCAGAAGGUACCGGUGUACCAUGCAGUCUACAAGAAACACCUCGUUCGAGUCCCAAUAUACCACACAGCGUACCGUACCCACUACCAAACUGAGUACCAUCCCAAGUAUGUUCCCCAAUACGUCACUAAGACGGAGUACCGCGUCCAAGACGAGUACGUCACCAAGCGCCAGACUGAGUACGAGACCGAGUACCAGACUAAGUACGUCACUACCACUCUACAAGUACCAAAGUACGUCACCAAGACCCAGUACGAAACGCAGUACCAGACGCAGACGCAGUACCAAACGACGUACGCCACGGCUCUUGAGCCGUACUACUUAACAACCUUCGAGACGCAGUACGACACUCAGUACCAAACCACGCAGGUACCUGAGUACCACACAGUCACCAAGACCCAGCAGGCUUACCACACCGUCUGUCCAACGUCACCACAACCAUUCUACAACUAUUGACGUUUACCCAACGUCACUACAACCAUUCUACAACUAUUGACGUCUACCCAACGUCACCACAACCAUUCUACAACUAUUGACGUCUACCCAACGUCACCACAACCAUUCUACAACUAUUGACGUCUACCCAACGUCGCCACAACCAUUCUACAACUAUUGACGUCUACCCAACGUCACCACAACCAUUCUACAGCUAUUGACGUCUACCCAACGUCACCACAACCAUUCUACAACUAUUGACGUCUACCCAACGUCACCACAACCAUUCUACAACUAUUGACGUCUACCCAACGUCGCCACAACCAUUCUACAACUAUUGACGUCUACCCAACGUCACCACAACCAUUCUACAGCUAUUGACGUCUACCUAACGUCGCCACAACCAUUCUACAACUAUUGACGUCUACCUAACGUCGCCACAACCAUUCUACAACUAUUGACGUCUACCCAACGUCACCACAACCAUUCUACAGCUAUUGACGUCUACCUAACGUCGCCACAACCAUUCUACAACUAUUGACGUCUACCCAACGUCACCACAACCAUUCUACAACUAUUGACGUCUACCCAACGUCGCCACAACCAUUCUACAACCACUAACAACUCACAUCGAAUCAAGCAAACUCCUCCAAGCUCAUCGACAUGAAAUGGAAAGAAAUUGCUUCGAAAAACUUUCCCUCUCCAUAGCAUUUUAGUAUUUUCAAACCUAGCUCAUAUUUUCAA